AUGAAACACGCGAUUUUGGUUCUUCUGCUUUUCUGUAAGUUGGUGAUUAUUUGCUCAUAUGCGCCGGUAUAAGUUGGCCUUUUUUAGGUUUAAAUAGUAAGCGCCUACGUAUGACUGCAACCGGCUUUUCACACUGUUCUAAACAAAUUUUACUUAUUUACUAUCUGCCUUAAAAUUAUGAUGCUGAAUUAUCUUAUGUUCGGAAAUAGCCAGUAAGUAUUCUGUAUAGUUUGUUAGACUCUCUUCGUGCUAGUAUUUUUACAUCUCUUGGGUGGCGAGGGAUUAUAAAUAUCCUCAAUGAAAAGAGUCAUUAAUGGAUGGGAAUCAGAUUCUGAUUAAGGGCAACUAACUUAACAUACUUAUAUUUGUUUAUGUGAGAUCACAAAUGGAUGGUAGGUCAGUCCUUUGAAUUGAUCAAAAUUGCUCGAUGCUCCAUGCUUGUACCAAAGAGAAUACUCACGCAGAACACAAGGGGUAAUUAAUAGGUUUUUAGAAAGAUAUGCAUAAUUUAUCUGGUUGCACUUGCUGGCGAGCGAUUGUACCACACCCGGAUCAACGAUUCCUUUCUAACUUUACAGACUCACAAAUUUUAAUACUAUUAAAGGUUUUUAGCUUUAGCUGACUCGGAGGCUGAUAUUUACCCAUCCUUGUGUAGCAUCCGUGACUUGAAAAAGUGCAGCUAAAAUCAGGUUAUGGGAAACCGUUUUUUCUCAUAAUUUUAGCGUAUGUCUCGUGGCAGUAUGUUUAUCGUACGAAAUUUGAACGCAGUAUUAUUUACUCAGUUUUCGCCAUUGUAUGUGCUUGGCGGCAAAACAGCAGCAUCAGAACACUGCGACACAAUAUUUAGCACAUUACAGUCUCUACAGUAGGUGUGCUAACUCAUGAAAGGUCAACCAACAUUUCGAAAUGCGUUCUCGUUUCGAAGAGAUAAAUAAAGUAGUGUUGUAAAACUAAUCAUAAUGCAGCUUAAGCCUAUAAUGAUCCAGUUACCGCAGGGUAUCGGCUUUUGAAAGAACUUAGUUUCGGCUGUAUGCUAGAUCUAUACUCUGCCAAAAAUGACUACUCAAGUAGUGUGCAAUUUUCUCAUUGAUUUUCGAUGGCCCUGAAAAUACAAUUAUAUUUCAUGGAAAACAUGCAUAAAAAUACUCAUUGUUUUACUUAUUCGGUAGAAAAUCACGUCUUCUUCCAUUGCAUUCAGGGUUUCAAAACUACAAGCUGUUUAUUUUCCGUGCACGGAAAACCAUGCCUUGCUCUAUGGUGUUAAGAGGAGGUCAUAUGAGGUUCAUAAAAUUAAGCAGUAGAUUUGAGCAAUAUUGUUAACUUUACAAGCCACAUUCGCAAAUGCAGGUGCAUGACGUUUCAUAAACGGCCAUUUAACGGUAUUAAAAAAUCUCACAAUUAGAAACUUUUUUGAAACCAAAUUAUACUCUUUUUUGAGUAUGGAUUUAGAAGAAGACGUGAUUUUCUACCGAAUAAUUAAAGAAUGAACACUUUUAUGUAUGUUUUUCAUGAAACAUAAUUGAAUUUUUAGGGGCAUCGAAAAUCAAUGAGAAAAUUGCAUGCUAUUUAAGCAGUCAUUUUUUGCAAAGUAUAGACCUCAAACGCAGCCGAAAAUAAGUUCUUUCGAAAGGCGACACCCUCUCGGUAACUGUGUCAUUAUAGAUUUAUGCUGCAUCAGGAUUAGUUUUACAACACUACUUAAUUUAUCUUUUCGAAAUGAGAACGCAUUUCCAAAUGUUGGUUGACAUUUCAUGAGUUAGAACAUCUACUGUAAAAUAGACAUACCUCCGGAAACAGCGACAACAGGGUGGGUACUUAUGAUACGGGCAAGACACUUGAGCGACACAGAUGGCUUUCAGUGAUUUAAAGCGUCUUCAAAAACCUGUAGGAAUUGCAGAUGCUGGCAUAUGUCUGUGCCGUUUUGUAGAUCAGACAUAGUCCAGUAUCAAGAAAGUAUCUCUAAAAUCCGCUUACAUGCUUGAUGACAUUGAGCUCUACGAUUUUUUAAGCUCACAAGUGAUCCUAAGGCCUAUACUGCAGUCCUGAUAAUAAGGAGCUGCUUGAAGCCAAGAUGGUACGGUAUGCCACCUAAGGGAUGAAAGGUGUCGAAAUUUACGAGUGAUUGCUAAUUAGUUGCAGCCAGCACCAAUGCAUGGAUUUAAUAUCGACAGUAAUAAAGGGCAUUUUUAAUAGAACCGAAAAUACAAUUGAACUAUUCUAGGCAAUACUGCAAUGUGUAGUAAUACGAAUUUUCUUCGCAAAGCGGAAACUUCCGAGAACGUCAUAAAUGGUUGUAGUUUAGUAAAUUUAAUUUUGAAAGGAACUGUUAAAAGACGGGCAGCACAAAAAGAAUAAUGUUUGAAUAUGGUCUUUCAGUGCACUUCACAUUAAAAUAUCCUUUACGAAUUAGUGUAUUAUCAGGUACGACAGUUUCCCAACGGCCUCCAUUCGGAGUAUAUAUUCCAAAUUGAUCUCCUGCGAAUUCGCUGUAUUUUCCACGCUUUUGAAUUGAUUAAGGUACAGCUCAAUAAGGCGGACAGGACUCUGCUUGAUUUCGCCGACAAGGACGCCAUAGGAAUAAGAGUUUUAUAAGGUCACAUAUUGCCAGGUCGGUCGCUGACUAAUAGAUUAAAGUAGGUUUGACAGAUUUAAUAGUAAACAAAUCUUUAGGUGUAUAUAAAGAGACAAUCAGUUCUGUAAAACUAGCUUCCUAUUUUCGUUUUUCUGGAUUACGUCGAAUUUCAAUUUUGCCUUGGUACAUCGUUAAAUACUUCAUGCUUUACAGUGUUUUUAAUCGACCAUCCGUAAAGACAGAUUCUGUCGUCGAUGAAACUUCCAGAGAGACAAAUUUAAAAUGGACGCAACUGGGUUUAAAUUGAAGGAAUGACAACUCGCUUUUUUUCCUCCUCCUUUUAGACCUCAUUGAAGCGCGAUCAACUCACCAUUGGUGUAAGUUUAUCCGUGUUAUUUUAAACGGGACAAAUAAGACAAUAUCUUGACCUGUAUUUAUGUCCGCGACAGACUGAAGACUACAUAUUUAGACAAACAACAGGUUUACGUUGACACCUAAUUGAGAUGAGUAAAGAGGUUUUAUUUAACCUAUUGUGCUUAUUUAAUUUACUUUUAUCUAGAAGGUCGCCAGCGAGUCUCAGACGAAUUUGCCUUAAUUUUUGAGACAUAACAUUGGCUCUUGACGAAGCAAGUAGUGCAAGUGCAGAAAGCAUGUUUGAAGUUUUAGCACAUUUACCCCUAGCACGUAUUUAAGUCCGUCAAUAUUGUUUCCAUCACAGCCAGUUUGUGACUAUAAUAUUUAAUGCCUCACUGCUGAUACAAGUUGGUUUCUGCUUACAUUCACUAAGUGCGGGUCUUAUGGUAAAUGAGUAAUACUGUCAAAUGAAGUCAAACCUCCCGGUUAAAAUAAGUGGUUCUUCAUGGAAUGAUUAGUGUGCACACAAGGAAAGUCAUCUAUUGUGCGUAGGUUUAAAUAUUAAGGCUCAUAGUAUUAAAUUAUGCUCUAUUGACUGCCGGUUGCGAACAAUCACCCACGGUAAGUACCUGCUCACCAUCUACCGCUGGUUUUUCAUGAACAAACCUGAACAUAUGUUUGACAUAUUUUCGUACGAAAAGUCGAAAUGCAUUGUCAGUCAGAGUGUGCUUGUCGUAUGAACAAUUGACCAUUGACCUGAACACACUGCCUUUCGUCAGUCCUCUCGCUUGAGUAAGACUAAUUCACACAUGUAGGUGCUCUAUUAAACCUCACCUCACUGGAGGUCAUAAGAUUAAGACCCGUCAUUAAAUUAAGAACACAGAAGUAAGUGUCCCGAUAAAAAAACAUGCCUGCACAUUUUUAAUGUUCCACGCUGGAUACUACACUAACCGGUAUGUAAAGUAAUCUGAUGCCUUCAAAAUGCAGUGUUCGCUCACAGCAACUGGUUGCAUAAAAGCAGAAUGGUUUAUCUUAUCACGCACAGACGAUGAUAUUAUCGCUCCACUGUAAUUGCAAAUGUUAAAAUCAGGAGCCGUAGAAAAUGGUUGAAUAAACAGAUGACUGAGAAAUACAGCUCAAAGUAAGCAAGGCACAUCUGUGCAACCUGCAAACUCCAAACCUCAAAGCAAUGAUGGCGCAACCAAAUUGUGUGGGCAUGAAAAUCGACACGCAAUAGCGAAUUUAGCAGAAAAAUAUAGUGGUCCAAUUGGUGAUUAAAAUCGUAAAAGUUCAGAAAGAAGAACGUAAAAAUAGAGUAAAGUGGUUUGCAAUAGCAGAACAAACGGCAAAUGAAAAGUACCAAUCGGAGCAUACUGGGACACAUGGAAAAAAUGUCAAUUAAGUACAAAAAUAAGUUAGGCAGGCCGAAAAGAUGGGUUCCAUGCGGAUAUUUUUAGUUAAUGCCAGGAUUGACACAAACGACUUCAGUAAAUCUAUUUACUUCAGAAUAUUACGAAAUGAACUUUUUAAAGACCACAAAGACGGAAAAACGCAUAACAGAAAAGGGGAAGAAUGAGUCAAACAGAAUGAAAAGAGAAAAAAUAAAAGUAAAUGAGCAUAAAAUUUUGCAGGGAUUAAUGCGCAUGGAUGCACACAUUGCAAUAAAAAACAAAUACAAUAUGUGAAGCAGUAAAAUAUGAAAAAAAGUGCAAAGCUAACGAGCAGUUAGCAUAUUAAAACCGGGAAGCAGAGAAAUAUAACAAAUAUUUCCAUUUCUAUGUUACAGCUACCUUGCCGCCGCAUACCGAAACACCUCCAGCAGGAACAGAACCAAUGAAAAGUAAGCAAAGACAACGAAGAUAAUUAUUAAAAAUAGGAGGUAAAAGGAAACAACGGCAAAAACAUGACAUAACAAGGAAUGGAAAAAAUGGCAUAGGCUAGGGAAAAACUGAAGGAAGAAAGUAGACGGAGGACAAAUGAGCAAGAAGAAGAAACGAUGCAAAUUGCUGAAUCUCUGUGAGAAAAUAAGAUAAAAUACAUAAAAGUAUUAAAGACUGUAGACCGAGGAAAGGGCAAAAAGCAGAGGCAAUGCAAAUUGCAGAACAUUUAAGAAUAUUCAAGAGAACACAUCCAUAUGGGCUUAGCGAUCUGGCGAUAUAAGUCACAUCCAAUAUAAUAUAUAUAUAUAUGAUAUUAAUAUAUCAAUUGUAUUAUUAUUAUUAUGAGAAUGGAGGUGUGGACGGAAAUGACAUUAGGGUCUGUGAGAUUUGUGUGUAGCACAGGACGUUGGGAGGCAGACAGCAAUCCCCAUGAUCGUCUCCCUGCAUUCUGUUUGCAGAAGCCGUAACCGAGGUUAAAGGCGAAUCUUCGUGGACCCCAAAGCCAUCUUCGCCUAGUAAGCGUAUUUUCCUACGCCAUUCCUCUCUCGCUAUUCGCUAUGAUCUGCAAACAGGCAGGACUUCAUAGUGGUUUUCAAAUCCCCCUUUUGGAUUUGCUUUUACGCACUCUUUUUAUGCCUCUUAUUACCCUAGGCCUUUGCAAUUUAUUGCGCUACACCAAUUCAUUCGAUUUCCGCAAUUUUAUUUCCUGUGUUAUCUCAUGCUGACCUCUACGAUGGCGUCCUCACCAUUUGACACACUUGCUGCACUACUUGUCUUACUUCCUCUCCUCGUCUUUUGCAUUCUCCGUAGACCAUUCUGGCGAAAUCCUUUCGACCAUCACGACAACUCCACCUCCAGGAAAAUUUCCUGGUAAACACAUUCUCGUCAUUGCAUCAUGUCUAACUAUACUCAAUCCACUCCACCAAUCAGAAAUAACUGAGCCCAUCUACUGUAUACCGUGCGCCAAGUACCCCUGUGUUUAUAUUGGUCAUACAGGCCGACUCGCAUUAGCCAGCAGAAGUUAUCCCUCCUCAGUCGCGACCCCCCCCCUUGUCUCUCGUGUUUGCUCACGCCCUUUAGUAUGACCAACGUUUCAAUUGCAGCGGUGCUGAAGUGAUGGCAAUGGGUAACACCAGUUAGGCUCAGGAAUUCCUCGAAGCAUGACAUUCUGACACAACCAGCAGCAACCGGCACGUCCUUCUAGACUCUCAAUACGAGGGACUACGUAUACGAUCAUUGACUUGUUCCCACACCCUAACAACCGUUAACCAACAUCUGACCACGCAAAAUUACAGUAGAUGUGCUAACUCAUGAAAUAUCAACUGAAAUUCAGGAAUGCGUUUUAAUUAAGUAGGGUUGUAAAACCAAUCAAUAUGCAACAUAAUUCCAUGAUAAUUAAAUUACCUCAGGUUGCCUGCUUUCGAAAGAACUCCUUUUCUGUUGCAUGAAAAGUCUAUACUGUGUAAGAAAGGACGGCUUGAGUAGCAUGCAUUUUCUCAUCGAUUUUAUAAGCCCUUAGACAUUCUAUCAUAUUUCAUAGAACACAUGCAUAAAAAUAUUCAUACUUUUGCUCAUUCGGUUAAAUAUUACGUCUUCUUCCAAACUCAUUUUUGGAGAAUAGCUAUAAUUCGGUUUUCAAAACGUUUCCAAUUCGCGGAUUAUUUUGAACCCGAUCUGCAGUUAUAUUUGCUUCCAGGGUUUCCUAACUACAAGCCGUAUAUCUUCCGUGUGCGGAAAACCAUGCCUUUCUCUACGAUAUUAAGAGGAGACUAUAUGGAGUUCAUAUAAUUUAGCAGUAGAUUUGAGCCAAAUUGUUAACUGUACAAGCCACACUGGUAAAUGCAAAGGCAUGAAGUUUUAUGAACAGGCAUAUCACGGCCGAAUUGGGCCCUCCCUUCUAGUAUACAAUUGGAAGAAGACGUGAUUUCUACCGAGUGAACAAAAUAAUGAAUACUUUUUAUGUAUGUCUUCCAAGACUUACAAUUGAAUUUUUAAGGGCAUCGAAAAUCGAUAAGAAAAUGCAUGCUAAACAAGAAGUCAUUUUCGAAAGCCGGCAUCCUGAGGUACUUGGACAAUUAUUGAAUCAUGCUGCAUAAUGAUUAUUUCAAGGCCAGUUCUCCGAGAUGCCGGAAACACUUGAAUCAUGUAAGCACUGGCCCUGUCAUUACGGCGGCAUCGCUAAGUAUGCAGAUGCGCCAAACGUAGCGCAGAGAACAUGACGCAGACAGUUAAUAUACUUGCCGGAGUACGCAAUGUUAGCUUUCUACUUUUUCAGCUGGAAAAAUGCCCCGGGUAUUUUGCCUUUCCUUAGGCGUCGUUUUUCUACAGAGUGACACGCACGCGUGUGAUAUAUUUAUUUUUUGCUCAAUAUGUGAACUUUUCUGUCAAUGAGUUUGUUUUCUGUGAUUGCAUUUUUCGUGUACAAUUCAUUAUUUCCUUCAGUCUAUUUUUUCAGUUACUUCUUUUAGCAUUACCCUUUCCUUUUUUCUUUAUUUUUACUACUUUUUGGUGUAUUUCGCUAUGUAUUUGAUUCUAUAUUCUCGCUAUUCCAGUACUUUAAUUAUCCUCUUUAACCCUCUACAUUCACAUUUACCCGUCAUUUAAACCUGUUGCUGAAUACGGCGAAUAUUUUUCUUGGAAUUUUGUUACUGUAGCCUGAUAACGCCCAGUUCUAGAGGACAACGAUACAGCGAAUCAUCAAUCAUCUCAUUAGCGGGUGAUAUGUGCAAAUAUUUGGUUUGGCAUAACAGUACUAUUCUGUCGAUUUAAGCGGUAUUCUUCAAGCAAAUAUACACGAAGUCUUUGUCUUAAUAUCCCUGCGACGUCCGCCAUUAUCACUUCCUCUGGAAACUCGUUUCGGGCACUGGCGACACGCUGUGAAAACGCGAACAUCCGUGUGGGAUCUGGUUUCCUGAUGUUUUAGAAAGUUCAGCUCAGGUUUGCUUUUGUAGUCAAGGUGGAGAAAUCAAUGUAGCGAAUGGCACAUUCUCGAUUCCUUACGAUCCGUUAGGUCUGCUUGAGAUCUCUUUGGAUCUGCCUGUACUCAAGAGGAAAUAGCUUAUGCUCAUCAAGUCUACAGCGGGAAGAUAAAGUCCUGAGGCCUAUCACAAUUUUGGUCGCCCUCCUAUGAACUCGUUCCAGCAACUAAUAGUCUUUUUCAGUCAGAGUCGCCAUGCUUUGAUUCCAUAUUCCAAUUUUUGAAUGAACAAAUGCUCCAUACACUUUUCCAAAUAGCUCUUUGAGCAUUAAAGUCAUUUUAAUAGCGAAGAGGACAGCAUUUGCCCUGUCAGCCCGCCUUCUUUUGCGGUUCUUUGUGGCCCUGUUGCUUUUUGCGAUCCCCGCGUUAGCUUUUUCCUUUGUAAAUUUUUCGGCUUUUUUGUCGUGUUUUUCAUGCCUUUUCUCCUCCUUUCCUAUUUUUCAGACGAGCGUGCUUAUUGGGUACGUAUCCUUGUUGACGUUACUUAAUUCUUGCCUUUUGUUGUUUUUCCCCGAAUUUUAUUCUGACUAUCAUGUUUUAGUUGGAGGAAGUGUGGUAUGAUCUCAAGAGGAUCUCCUCGGUAUGUUACUGCGCUUCCUUAACGAUAUUCUUUUCCACAUCAGCGCUUACUUAAGCGACCAUCCUGGUGGCCGACUUCGAAAGCCAACGUCCUGAGUUAACUAAAGUACUAUAGAAUUAUGCUGCACAAUGAUCGGUUUAACAACGAAAACGCAUUUAGGAAUUUUGGUUAAUAUUUCAUCAUUAAGUCCAUCUACUGUAUUGCUAAAAGGAUUAUUGUCUACUGGGAGAACAAUCUGCGGUCCCCGAAAUUACGGCGGUCCAGAUCAAAAACGUUUUUGGCUUGAAGGCAUUUGUGCGACGGGUGUUUCUAGUCUUGACUUCGUUUCUUGGAAUCUGGACACAGCAUCAGACAAGGCCGCAUAGAUAAACAGAUGCUCACCGCCAGAUGAAGAAUUUACUCGCUACACGGCGGAUUGCAGAAUCAGCACCUCGAAAUGACACCAGACAGGGAAUGCCAUCACUACGGGAAAUGAUUUCGGUGAAUACUGUACGCAGAACUUGUGGAGGUUGUUCUGACCGAUAAAAGCGAGUAAAAGUUCAUGUUACUAAGGGCUGUUUUGCGAAAUGGCCAUGGGCCUGCGGAAAUUACUCUAGAUUGCAUUUCGGUUGACAGAAAUGAAAUUACUAUAUUUAACUGUAACUACUUCAGGAAGAGAUAAAAUGACCCCAUGUGAACUGUUGUGCCCACAGCGGUCAAAAUGUCGCAAAGCAGUGGGGACAUUGAACGUGUGACAGUUUAGAAACUUGAAUGACAACCUGGAGUUCCUUUUAUAAUCGGCGAAGCCACAAAGCACCUAGAUCUGGGAGUCCACAACGUUCUCGAUGUGUCGAAAUUGAGCGUUCCGCGAUCAAAGUACUUCUGGUAACAAAAGGCUGGACAAGUUCCACUUUCUUUCGCUCAACAGUGCGCAGAAGGCUAAAUAAAAACGUAUAGCAUUCUAGACCAGGCGGGUGCCAAGAUAGUUAGUUUCAAAUUUCCAUGGGGGACAACCAGUCUUGUUGUCCGCCUUGAGGCCAGUCAGGCAGGAAAACUGAAAGACUGGGGCUCCUGGAGUUUUGCAUACGUAGAUCCUCAACAGUUCCGUUCACAUUAAUGUCGUCUCCAUCAAUGCAUACUUGGGGCUGAUGAUGACUGUUCAGGCGGCGAAAGCAUUGUUUUCAGAUUGUGCAACAUGACUACUAAAAGUGAGGCUGGCAGGCGUCACAAGACCGAGCUUUGCGGAUCUCAUGUUGAGUGAGACGUUACCUCAUCUUAGAUUAAGGCCUCAAAGAUUUUCGAAAUUGCUGGGGGGGGGGGGGGGGGGGAUGUUUACUGGCCGAAAGUCGUCAGCUGACGUAGACUGGUCGUGCUUGGGAAUAUGUACAAGGCAUGAGUCCUUGUACAAACUGCAAUAGGUCCCACUUUCGAGAGCGAGAUUAGAUAUCUCGCACAUGUGGGACGAAAACACCUCACCUGCGUCCGCAUUUAAAUUACUGUUUGCAACACUAUUUGGUCCAGUACUAUGAGCUUCAAGAAAUCAUCCGGUGACCGAGGCGGCGUCUCAGACCGGCACCGGUCUAUAUCUGUAGGUUAGGAAUUGAAGCGGUCGAUCAGUCAUUAAACGUUUUGGACAAGAAGGCAUUGGAACUGCCAGCGAUCAGUUUGGCGUAUGCGAUAGGCUUUUACAGUGCUUCUCAAAGAAUGGGAUGUUGUGGUUCCAUACAACUACUCAUUUGUGAGAAAAAAAUUUACGACGUUUGACGAGCAUUUUUCGGCGAAGGUUAUCAUUCCGGCUAGUUAUUUGCUUCUGAUAGCCCCUUAACCCGCUCGUAAAUGCAACGUAUCAAAGGCAGAACUGAAACUUCGUGUGUCAAAUGAAACCGACGGGGCAUUCUGCGUAACCUAGGACGAAAGUAUAUAGGGGGGGGGGAAGUUUGAUUCGUAGCACUUAUUCUUCUUCUUAUGAUGUAUUGCCAUAGAUUUCAUUUUCCCACUUCGCAAAGUCCACAGUCAGAUGCAAUUGGACUGCCCAGUAAAUCACACGCAGACCUUUGAAACUUUUCUGAAAGGGCUAUUUACACGCAGAGUCAAAUAUCCUGAUUUUCUUCCUGUCAACUUUUAGAUAAUUGAACGCUUGGAGGAGCAAGGAUUUUCUCCUUAAAAGAGUGGUAAUCUACAUCGUUUCAUAUUUUUCCUUUAAUUUGCGUUUUUGCUACUUCGUCUUCUACAUCAUUCCUUAUGGUACGCAUCCGAAUUCUUCUCAUUUCAGUGACUUGGAAUUCUGGCGCGCACGCAACCUCAUUCGUCUGCUUCUCGAAUCUAUUUGCGUGAAAUUUCCUCGUAGUUUGAUUUCUUAUAUAAAAAUCCACCAUUAAGCUAGUUCAAAUAAAUUCCUGAUUUCCACAUUACUUUUGCAAUUUUUUUCUUUCGUGACUGUCUGAGACUUUUGUCCCUCCGAAUUGACGGUGUACCUACACUUCCCGUCGAUCAACAGGGAAAAUAACUGUUGCGACAUUGCAAUCAGGAGAAAGUCGGGUUUAACCUGAAAGAUGGCCGGACGAUAGCGUCCUGGACUUCCGUCUUUAUGAUUAGUUCUCAUUAUGCUGGUUCAGCUCUCUCUGUAAUCCCAACGGAAAGACUGCAUAUCAGUGGUCCUCGGUCCUGCAUAACAUGUCGCAUUUAAGGGAAUGCGUCGUUCUGUCUAGUGAAUGCUUCAGUAUUUCGCACUAUUAACAAGUCGUCUCUGCUUGCAUGAACUACCACGAAGCCCUGGUUACCCAGCGACUUCGUAACCUAACAAUUUGUGUUCGCGUCCUCAACACUGUCCUAGGUUCCAGUGCCGCAUCCUCCACAAUAUCCCUGAAUUGCGACGACAGAGACAUUCUUGUCAACUAAAAUUCCGGCAUUCUACAGCCCACAACUGCACCUCCUCUGCAACGACAUUUCCGCGAUCUCGCAGUCAUACGUGUCGGGUUCAUUCAUAUAUGGGCAUUUAAAAUAAGAAUGACAAUACAUAUUUUCGAGCUAAGUCCAAUUAGGUGGUCCAGAUAACGACAAGCACAAGUUAUAUAUCUGAAUAUAUAUGCAUAUUUCGAAAGAAAUAAGUUCUUUGGGAAAGACAAACAAGUCUAAUUGCAAAUUUUUGACCUUGCUUCCCCAAGUCACCUUCAACCGUGAAGUAGGUGUGCAAAAUAGUUAACAUUUGAACGUGCCUAAAAUCGAUUUUGCCCUGUCACUUCUGCUGGCAUAAUGUCCUGAUUGGUCAAUGCCUUUUCCACUUCUUUUUGAGGCUGAUGUACACCGCAUCCAAUUCUACGUGUCGGUUGAUGCAUGAGUUAUCAGAAUGGAUGGCCUCUAAACGUUCACGGCCCUUCCUAGAGGAAUAGUCACCUACGAUGCUAGUGCUGUCCCAAGCGCAUUUAUGUCCAGUUUCCAGCGUAUGCAUGGCAGCUUGGGACAAGCGGUCUGGCCUAUUUACGACCAUCUGAUUUUCAUGUAUUCGUGCAGAGGCCGAUUUCCUAGGUUGAUCGCAGUAAACCGCAUUACAGGUGUUGUAUGGUAUCAUAAAGACUACUUCCUUCUUAUAUAAAUAGCCACCCCUAUCCUUAGGGUGCACAAGCUGGUUUCGAAUUGUAGUUGUCGGCUUAUGCGCCUCACGUAGUUGGUGCUCCUUCAGAUGUCUUUCAACUAGUUCGGAUAUAUUCUUAAUGUGCGGAAGUGUUCGCCAGUUUUUUCAGUUUGGGCGCCUGAUCGGAACAAUCUACUUCCUUGUCCUUUUCUUUUAACUCCUGUCGUUUCAUGCAUCGGUGCAAAAAAUAUCUAGGAUGUCCAUUCCGGAAAAACAGAUUGAAAAAAUAAUUUAGUUCUGUUUGAUAGGUUUCGUUGUCAGAGCAGUAAGUUCUUGUUCGGUUAAGGAUUCUGUUCCCGGCGCUCCGUUUGUGAGGGAUCGGGUUAUUGCUAUCGUAAUGUAAAAGGAUUUCCGCCUAGGUUAACUUGCGGCAAACCGAAGUGUGGAAUGUCCCGUCGGCCUUUCUCGGUACGAGGACAUCAAGAAAUGGGAGUUUGUUGUCAGCCUCUUUCUCGGGGGCAAAACAGAUUCCUGGAAGUGUCGAGUUAAUAAUAUUGUGGAUUAUUUUCAGUUGAUCAAUUUAAACAAUGAGAAACGUGUCAUAAACAUGUCGCACCCAUAAUUUGGGGUUAACUAGUGGUAAGUUGAUAGCCUCUUAUUUCGGCAUUGUGACUUCUGCGAAAAAACCAGAGAUGUUGAUCGCAUAUCCGGGACUUGUUUAUUUUUUUCAAAGAACUUAUUUCGGCCAGAUUGCAGUUGGUAGCCAGGACCCGUAUUACAGGUGACUGGGGGGUUCGUUUACUGGGGCUAUAUUUUGGGGGGCUCCAUAACCACAUCUGUCGUAUUUGGCUUCCGUUUUACGGUUGAGGUUAGGAUUAGGAUACCGGUUAAUGGUUUCCGACUUUCGGUUUACGGUUAUGCCUUUAAGCUUAGGUUUUUGAGUUACGGUUAGGAUUUGAGCGUACGAAAGGGUUUCAGUAUUACAGUUAGGCAUCUCGGUUACGGCUCUGUCUAAGUGCUACGGUUACGUUUACGAUUUCGGUUUGGGUUAAGAUUAGUAAUGCCGAUAGGAUUAACGGUUAACGUUUAAGUUUGAGGUUAGGGUUGGGGUUGAGGUCAGGAAUAGGGUUACGUUCGCCGUCCACUUCCCGUUCAUGGCUACCAACUGCGAUCUAGCCCUUAUUUCUUCCGAAUUGUAAUUCUUAGGAUGCCUGUUUUCAAGGUUGUUUAGAGAUAUGUUCAGUUCAGUUUAUUUGAGGGAAAUAUAGGUGUUAAACCUUUGAACUCCCUAUUUGUUACAAGGAGGCGAACGAUAAAUAAAUUUGAAAAUUGAAACAUCAAACGGCUACAGAGUUUCUUCAGAUUGGCAACGUUUUGUAAGCCAGACAGAUAAACGAAUUGUUCCAAGAGUUAAAAAAAAUUAACGUUACUAAAUGUGCUGUACAGUAGUCUGUCUAGUGAUAGUUGGUGCUAUCUCAGUUGCGAAGGGAGACGAAUUGAAUGCCAACACACAUUUAACAGACAUGGGACAAUAUUAAAAAAACAAACGUUACUGACAUAUAGGAAGUAAUAUAACAACAUUAAUAAACUGUUCGAACGAAAUGCUGGACAAUCUGUCAGGUGGCAUUGUGACGAUUGGUGGCAAUCUGGUCCAAGUUGCGCUUAAAAGCCUCGACGGAGGUGGACAUGACGACACCUGCAGGCAGAGCAUUCCAGGCCUCGAUCACUCUGUUUGAAAAGAAGAACUUCCGAGUGUCCAGCUUGGCGCCAGUUACGCGUAGUUUAAGUGGAUGACCUCGGAGGUUCGUUGUGGUCGCUAACUCAAAGAAAUCAGUAGGUACGAGACAGCAGUCCUGGCCGCGCAGUAUACGGAAUGUUUGUAUAAGGUCGCCUCUUAGCUGUCUGUAACUCAGUGGAAAGAGACCGAGAUUGGACGAUCGGGUUUCAUAGGGUAGUGGACCCUGUCCACUUACGAGUUUUGUUGCCCGCCUCUGAACUUUCUCGAGGAUGCUGAGAUCUUUAGAGGUCCACGGUUUCCACGCCUGAAUAGCGAACUCUAGCUGUGGCCGUACGAAAGUCCGAAAGACUUUAACGAAGCAGUCCUCAUCGAAGGUAGAGAAAGCUCUCUUGACAAGAUAAAGGACUGACAUCGCAGACUUGGCUACCUUGGAGAAGUGAAGCGACGGUUUUAGAGAAGCCGUUACCCACACCCCCAAGUCUUUCUGGGCGUCUACCUCCUGCAAUGUUACGCCGUUUAGGUGGUAAACCCUCCGGUUCAGAGAUCGGGUCCUGCCGACUCGCAGGACAUUACACUUAGUCACAUUAAACGGCAACAGCCAGUCCUGUGACCAUUUCUGGAGUCGGGUUAGGUCUGCCUGCAAGCGCUCUUCGUCAAAUUCAGUUCGGAUGACGCUCCAAAGUUUAACAUCAUCAGCGAACAUGGCGACAUCACAAUUCAGUUCACUGACGCAGUCGUUGACGUAUAUAAUGAAUAGGGUAGGGCCAAGAACGGAGCCUUGUGGAACACCGCUUUCAACCGCUACCUCCGCCGACUGCCUGUCACCGACGUGGACGAUUUGAGAGCGACCGAUCAAGAAACUUUGUAUCCACCUCAGGAGAUUACCCCUCAGGCCUGUUCGGUUUAAUUUGUACAGGAGACGCUGAUGGGGUACACUGUCGAAUGCUUUCUUAAAGUCGACGUAGACUGCGUGCACUGCAUUGCUGCCAUCGACUGCCCGGGUCCAGCGACCUAAACAAUAUAGUAGAUUCGUCACGCAUGAUCUGCCUCUACGAAAACCGUGCUGGGCAUCGCAUAGCAGAUUAUGCUCUUCUAGGAAGUGCAUUAUUUCUCGCUUUAUUAUUUUCUCCAUAAGUUUGCAGCAAAUUGAAGUAAGGCUCUUCGGUCUGUAGUUGUUUGCUAAGACCUUGCUGUCGCCUUUAUAAAUUGGCGUGAUCCGCGCUGAUUUCCAAUCGGAGGGCAAAUAGCCUGCUUCGAACGAAGCUUGGAAGAGCAUGGACAGCGGUUUGGAUAGUUCUCCAGCAAGUUCCUUCAUGCGUUAUGCAUUUGACGUUUCAUACUCACACUCGAGCCAUCAUCGUAGAUAGGAAUGACUGAUACCACAGAAGACUCCAAGGACUCCGUUCGCCAGCGAGUCUCAUCCCUCAUCAUAGCACACAAGCAACGCCGAACUAUCUCAGCCGAAUUAAAGUACAUUGGGGAAGUAAAGAUGGAAGAAGAAAUUGCCAUUGUUGCAGCGAACAAAUGA